CCUACUAGAAACGACAAACCGUCAGCAGUGGCUGUCAGAUCAAUUGUUAUUUGUCUUGUCAUAUUUUUUUAAUUUCUUUUCCAUCCUUGAGUUUUGAUCGUAAGACCUCAAAAUGGUAAACGGUCGGAUACCGUCGGUUCAUUCAAAGACUUAUGUCACCCCAAGGAGGCCAUAUGAAAAGGCACGUCUUGACCAAGAAUUGAAAAUUAUUGGUGCCUUUGGUCUCCGUAACAAACGUGAAGUAUGGAGAGUAAAGUACACUUUGGCCAAAAUCCGUAAAGCCGCCAGAGAAUUGCUGACUUUGGAAGAAAAAGAACCCAAAAGAUUGUUCGAAGGUAAUGCACUUUUACGUCGAUUGGUCAGAAUUGGAGUACUUGACGAGAACAGAAUGAAACUCGAUUACGUAUUGGGUUUGAAAAUUGAAGAUUUCUUGGAAAGGCGUCUCCAAACCCAAGUAUUCAAGUCUGGUCUUGCUAAAUCCAUUCAUCAUGCUAGAGUUUUGAUAAGGCAACGUCACAUCCGAGUCCGCAAACAAGUUGUGAACAUUCCCUCAUUCAUUGUACGUUUGGACUCCCAAAAACACAUUGAUUUCUCAUUGAAGUCGCCGUUCGGUGGUGGCCGUCCAGGUAGAGUAAAGAGGAAGAACCUUACUAAGAAGACUGGUGGAGCUGCUGCUGAAGAAGAGGAAGACUAAGAAGGGACUUUUAUUGCAAUAUGUACGUUUUGUAUUUAUUGUAAUUAAAUUUGUUAAGAUUUAUAAUUGUUUUUUAUUUCCUUGGGCCAUUACAAGUAUGGUGAUUUAUAAAUAAUUGAGGUAUGAUGGGGUCAAAUUUAACUACA